CUGAACAUUUACAGAUAAGUAGAAAGACCCUUACACUCCAUCCCUCUUCCCCUUUCUCAAUCUUACUGCCGUACUACCUCUACAAAUCCUUCUUACCGAAGAUGAAUGUUGAUAAGCUCAUGAAGAUGGCUGGUGCCGUCCGCACGGGUGGCAAGGGUAGUGUGAGAAGAAAGAAGAAGGCCGUGCACAAAACUACCACCACAGAUGACAAAAGAUUGCAGAGUACCUUGAAAAGAAUAGGAGUUAAUGCUAUUCCUGCUAUUGAAGAAGUUAAUAUCUUCAAGGAUGAUCAGGUUAUUCAGUUCAUUAGCCCUAAAGUUCAAGCCUCAAUUGGAGCCAAUACCUGGGUUGUGAGUGGUACACCACAAACAAAGAAAUUGCAGGACAUUCUUCCGGGAAUCUUCAAUCAAUUGGGAGCCGACAACUUGGACAACUUGAAGAAGCUGGCCGAGAAGCUCCAGAACAGAUCACUUAACACUAAAGCCGAUGGAAGUGGAGGAAUUGUGGAGGAGGAUGAUGACGAUGUUCCUGAGCUUGUUGCUGGUGAGACCUUCGAAGCAGUGGCAGACGGACCGAAGUCUUAAGCUGUUCUAUAGUUCGUAGCCCUUUUUUUGUUUAAUUUAGCAUUUUUGCUCAAGUUUUAUCAAACAAUUUGUUAAAACAAAGUGUAUUGCAACCGGAAACAAGUUAGUUUUAUAACAAAGGUUUUAAAUCUG